CCAGCCAUCGCAUUUCCCAGCCUCCGCCGCGCACCACCUUUCGCCAUCAUGGAAUCUCUUAGUCUGGAGUCUCAUAUCAUAUACGCUUCCGCUUUGUAUCAAUUCUGCAAUAAUCUGCAACACCCACAUUUCUUCAGUCACCGAUCGUCAUCAACACAGGAAUUCCAAUUCGGAGGCAACAUCUAUUCUUGAAUACCUCAACAUGCUCUUCAACUCACGAUACUUCGCUUUGGCGACCAUCAUCUCGACACUUGCCAACGGACUACCCCUCGACGCACCAAGGCCACGCGACAUCAUCCCACGUGCAAAAAGCUACACUGUGAUUAACGUCGACGGCGGAUCAUCAACCGAAGCACCUCCACAGACGACUUCCGUAGCCGAGCAGGAGACGAAGACAGUUGAAGUUACAAAUCCUGGACCAACCGUCACACAGAAAGUUACUGCGACUGUAGUGGAACCUGUUCCAGCUCCCGUUUCGACCGGCUCAUCCUCAACCACUUCGAUAUCGUCCAGAAGCGCUUCAACUGCGAUUGAAACGCCAAAGCCUAGCGUCAUCACGAUUGUGGUCACCAAGGGCGACGGGCCCACAGAUUACUAUGAUAACGGCAUGUGGCACACCAACUACCGCAUCAAAACACUUGAAGCUGCGGUCACGACUUUCGCGACAUCCACUCUGACCUCGACCUCUCUGCCGGUUCUAGAAACCUUGAACCCGUCGGCUUAGAGUGAUGAGGAUUGAUGGAUGGCUUACAUACUUUGCUUUCUUGGACAUACUUGCGAACGAGUGGAUCCGACUGCCUUUUUAUUCUUUUUUUUUACAGUUGAUUGAGCGGUACGCGAAAUAUGAUGUAUUAAUGAAGGUGGCAUGGAGACGGUGAUUAGCGAGCAUUGGGUAGGCGUUUUGAUUUGCGCGGAUUAGAAGGUGCGCUCUUUGGAUGU